GAGCCGCGGGUAAAAAGGUGGACCCGGGCGCACGGUGACACAUCAACCGGCUAGGGUUCUGCUGGGGUCCGACCCAGCCUCGCAGUCGCAGGUAGGGCUGCAGGCUCCCCCUCGCUGCCGCGGCGCCUAUCCCCCGCCGCCGCCGUCGCCGUCGCCGUCGCCGCCAGCUGCAGCUCUCCGCCCGCGACGUCUAUCCCGGUCCGUCUCCGCCCCGCGCGCUCGCCGGUCGGUCCGCACCCUGCGCCAAACUACUUGUCGACCUCUCAGGUCCUUUAGAAGAAAAGAGGAAAAUCAUACAUGGAUAUCAUGCAGACAAGUGAUUCUUCACAAUAUGGAGUUGUAGAAAACAGCCCAUAUAGAUUUCCCUAUAAUAAACGUGUGGAAGAUGGCAACCUUGGUGCUUCAUGGUAUUUUAGUAGAAAAGAAAUAGAGGAGAAUUCCCUUUCAAGAAGAGAUGGCAUUAGUCUGAAGAAGGAGUCUUUCCUUCGCAAGUCAUACUGCACUUUUCUUCAAGAUCUGGGAGUGAGGCUUAAAGUGCCUCCAGUGACAAUUGCUACAGCUAUUGUAUUCUGUCAUCGUUUUUUCCUUCGACAAUCUCAUGCCAAAAAUGAUAGACUGACAGUAGCCACAGUUUGCAUGUUCUUGGCGGGUAAAGUUGAAGAAACACCCAUACCCCUGAAGGAUGUCAUACUAAUUUCUUAUGAGAUCAUCCACAAAAAGGAUCCUGGUGCUGUUGCUCGAAUUAAGCAAAAGGAAGUCUAUGAACAACAGAAGAAACUUCUUUUAAUUGGGGAGCGUGCUGUGCUUAUAACACUUGAUUUUGACUUCAAUGUGCAUCAUCCAUACAAGCCCUUGGUUGAAGCAAUAAAAAAACUCAAGAUUGCUCAAAAGGAACUUGCUCAAGUUGCCUGGAGUUUUGUCAAUGAUGGGCUGUGUACAUCUCUUUGCCUGCAAUUUAAGCCCCAACAUAUUGCGGCCGGCGCAAUCUUCCUUGCUGCGAAGUUCCUUAAAGUCAAGCUUCCAGCAGAUGGCGAGAAGGUCUGGUGGCAAGAUUUUGAUGUAACCCCAUGGCAGUUGGAAGAGGUUAGCAACCAAAUGAUGGAGCUCUAUGGGCCACCACCAUCUCAAGGGAAUAAUACUAAAAGCAGCUCUGCAAGUUUAGCUGAUCAACAUGCUGCGGAAAAAGCUCCUGGAGCUGCCGAAGAGCCUCCAGCGCAUAAGAACCAUCCAGCAUCCAGACAAUCGAGCUUGCCAGACCACCAUCACCCUGAAAGGCAAAACUCAAACCAGCGGAUAGUCCAGACCGAAACAAGGGAUGGCACUGCCACCAGCAAUGAAGGCCCGACUAUGCCGCCGUCAGGGAUGGAUGCAGUGGAAAAGAUUGCUGAUCUGUCUGAGAGGGAGCUGAAGCAUGGAGUGGAAUUGGUUGCCGAGGAUGACGAAAAACACGACAGAAGGCAGACCGUCCCCCGUCCCCCGCACAGAGAGGAUCAUCAGAAAGCCGCUCACACGACAGAGGGCACGGAAGAGGGCGAGCCGUCUAAGGACAGUCAAGAGUGCCAUUCAAAGCGGAAGGAGCACAGGAGCCAUGAUCACAGCAGCGAGAGGGACCUUAAGAGGUUGAGGCCAUAAAAGGAAGUAUCAUCACCACCUGGGUAGAAUGAUCCGCGGUGGCAUUGUGCUAAUGCAACUACCAGGGUGAAAACCUAUUCUUUUUUCUCUGUUGCAGGAGCUGCUAUCUCAGUCCUUGCUGGCCAUGUCGGGAGUUUUGAACCGUGAUUCGAGAAUAUGGUUUCCCAUACA